UAGUAACUAAAGUGCUAAGAGUAUUUCGAAAUCAUGACCAGCUUUCCAGUCAUCCAAGUAAAAGAAGGGGAAUGGAGGUCACGAAACUUCCUCGAAGUCUUGGGAGUGAAAAUUCCAUCUUAUUUCACAACCGAUCCACAAUUACUUAGCGACUUCAUCUCGGAUUUCCAUCCGAGAACGGACGAUGUUUUUGUGGCGUCUUAUCCAAAGUCAGGGACAACUUGGGUGCAAGAGAUUGUUUGGCAGAUCUUUAAUGGAGGAGAAGUGAACAGUGACUCAAUUUCUAAAAGAAUUGCAUUCCUAGAUACUCUAACUUCGCCACACUUUCCAAUACAAGUUUCAGAGAUCAACUCUUUGCCAAGUCCUCGCAUUUUUAAGACACACUUACCUUACAAAAUUAUUCCCAAAGGUGCAAGCAAUAACACCACUUGUAAAUAUAUUUACAUUGCCCGCAAUCCUAAAGAUGUUGCUGUGUCAUACUUCAAAUUCAUUACAAGCUCAAAUUUGAUUGGAAAUGGAUAUAGUGGACCCUGGGAAUUUUGUGCCAAGCUGUUCAUUGAAGGAAAUGUUGGAUUUAACCAUUGGAAUGACCAUGUUCUGGGCUGGUGGGAGCAGAAAGAUGAUCCGAACAUCUUGUUUCUCAAAUAUGAAGAUAUGCACAAGGAUCUUCUUUCCCAUGUUAGAAUAAUCGCCAACUUCCUUAACAAGUCGCUGUCAGAGGAUGUCCUCUGUCGCAUUGCUAAACAGUGCAGUUUCAGUGGAAUGAAGAAAAAUGCUUCAAGUUACGCGACCAGCGAUGGUGGGACUUCGCUGCUACGAAAAGGCGUGGUAGGAGACUCGAAUAAUUACUUUACUCCAGAGCUAACUGAGAGAUUUGAGCGGGAAGUGUUGGCAAAAUUACAUGGAAGCGGAUUGGAGUUUGAAUUUGAGAUACUGAAAAGUAUGGCGUCUUACCCGAUCAUUCAGGAACGUGAGGGGGAAUGGACCUCCAAUGAAAUGAUUGAAAUCCUAGGCUUUAGAAUUCCAGCGUUUUUUGUGUAUGGCUCUCAAGGUCCUGAGUUGUUGUGCGACUUCAUCACUAAUUUUCAGACGAAACCUGAUGAUGUAUUUAUUGUCAGUUACCCCAAGUCAGGGACCACUUGGGUUCAAGAAAUUGUCUGGCAGAUUUAUCACGAUGGCGAAAUCAGUAAUAAAGUUCUUGGAGAUCGCGUCUUGUACAUAGAGAAAGCUUUAUUACCAGAAUCAACUCAUCUUGAUAUCAAAAGUAUGCCGAGCCCUCGUCUGUUUAAGAGCCACCUGUCUUAUGAUGCGAUUCCUAAGAGUACAGACGAGGCCAAGACAACCUGUAAAUAUAUCUACGUCGCUCGCAACCCCAAGGAUGCUGCAGUCUCAAGCUACAAAUUUAUGGGUAGCUUUGGCACAAACGGAAUGAAUGCACCAUGGGAAUUUUAUGCGAAAUUAUUUAUCGAGGGUAAAACAGUUUACAACAAAUGGAGUGAUCAUGUUCUUGGAUGGUGGAAGCACAGACAUGAUCCUAACGUUCUGUUCCUUAAAUAUGAAGACCUGCAGAAGGAUCUUCAGUCUAACGUUCGCAUGAUUUCCAAAUUUCUCAAUAAGCCGCUGUCAGAAGAAGUUAUUAGUCUAAUAACUGAACAGUGCACCUUCAAAGGAAUGAUGAAGAACGUUCAAAGCUUCACGUUGGGAGACAAGAUAGAGGGACCGAAGUUUCUUUGCAAGGGUGUGGUUGGUAACUGGAAGGAACACUUCACCCCAGAGUUAAACCAGAGAUUUGAAAAGGAAGUAUUAGCGAAAUUGAAAGGAUCUGGAUUAGAGUUUGACUUUGAAUUGUGACAUACCAUUUUCUACAAUGCUCUAAUGACUGUAUUUAUAGAGAUGAUUGUCUUCGAGUUAUUUAUUCAUUUAUUCUCACAAAAACAUCAUCUGAGGCUUGAAAAGUGGAGAUACUCUCUCCAAUCAGUUGAUGCAGGACACGUGUCGCUUUCACCAAUCAGAUUGCAUUGGCUACUAUUUGUUUCCACUGGUUAUGGUUCAGAAUUUCGCCAGUAGCUCGAUGCAUUAACCGUUUCUGAUGAUGCGUCAUCUUCCCUUUUGCAUAAUAUGUGAAUGUCGUGUUUAGUUCAAGGUGAAAACGAGACUAUAUUCAAGGCUGUCGCGGUUUUCUUGCUAAGUGGACGUAAACCAUAGUGAUUUCACGUUUUUGUUCUCAGUGGGACAGCUAAGAAAUGUAGAAAAUUUUAAAACGCACGUGUUGUGUUAUUGCUCUGCUCAUUAGAUCUUUGGUUUCGCUACAUUUUCGUGGCCGUCGCCGCCGAGAAGAAUCCUUUAAAUAAAAA